GUUAGGUGCUGUUGAUACUGUAGUUUGGAGUCACCAAGACUCAUAACUGAGUGUAGCAGCGCACGUACAUCGCUCUGAAACAGUUUUUUUAAAAUUUCCAUUCCAAUAUUUUAUGACUUGUACAUUUGUGUACAUAGAUAAUUUCAUUUUUUUAUAACAACACAACAGCAAGAUGGAACUUAAUUCUCUUUUAAUUCUGCUGGAGGCUGCAGAGUACUUGGAAAGAAGAGACAGAGAGGCAGAACACGGUUAUGCGUCUGUUUUACCGUACAGUAGCGACUUUUCCAGUAAGAAAACGAAAGCCUCGACAAUUUCCAGAAAAACUCAGAACAAUAGAUCGUCGCACAACGAGCUGGAGAAACACAGACGUGCCAAACUACGGCUGUACUUGGAGCAGUUGAAGAAGCUGGUGCCUUUGGGUCCAGACAGCACGAGACACACCACACUGAGUUUGCUGAAAAGGGCCAAGAUGCACAUCAAGAAGCUGGAGGAGCAGGACAGGAAGGCUUUAAACACGAAGGAGCAGCUGCAGAGAGAGCACCGCUACCUCAAACGCCGCCUGGAGCAGCUUUCUGUGUCCGGAUCUGUUGAGCGCAUCCGCACCGACAGCAUGGGCUCCACCAUCUCCACUGACUCUGAGCAAGAGGUGGACAUUGAGGGGAUGGAGUUCACUCCUGGCGAGGCGGACAGCGUGGGCAGCAUCAGCGACGGCGAGGAGGAGGAGGACCACUACAGCCUCCAGAGCAGCUCCAGUGACACCAGCUACACAGCCACACAUUCCCACAGACUGCAGCCGCACCACUGUUAGACACCGCACGCUCUUCAAUCUCCCAACCAGCUUCCUGGCCGAUGCUUUCCUCCACUUGCCGACACCUUCCCUGACCAUUUGCAAUCGCCAAUGCCGCCCGCUACCUACAUCAGACCGGCCCACAAUGGCGAUACACCCUGAACCUCCUUUCCUGGCCCCAGCUCUCCAGGAAGCACAUGGGGCUGAAAUGCCACUCAAGCCUUCCUGAACCCCCUGACCACUGACCCUACCUCACCCUACUGUAUCCUGCCUGAACCUGCCCCUCCUCACAUGCCCUGCCCUCCCACUGCCCUCACAACCCCCUGCCUAGUGUUGCCGCAGGCUCAUAGAGAGCAGAGCAGUUUGUGGUUUUAAUGGGGACUUCUGUGGCGUGAUAGAUAGCUUUGACUUGUUAAUCGGGAUUCUGUAAAGUGUGUGUGUGUGUGUGUCUGUGUGUGUAUGUAUACAAGCUUCAUGUCAUCUCCAUGAGGCAAUAAUACACAGAAAAGGCUUUGCACCAAGUUUGUGGUGUAAAAGGUAAAGCACUUAUGCAAUAUUUGCAACAUUGAAAGUUAUUUACAUCAUACAGUAUCUUCCCUUUACGCAAUAAGAUUUACAGGAGUAGCUAUUGCAGAUGUCCUGCACGUUCCUCAAAAACGCUUGACUGCUGAAAAUAAGGACAGAGAUUAAAGGAAUAGUUUGACAUUUUGGGAAACAUAUUUAUUUCCCAGUCUUUAUGCUAAGCUAAGCUAAGCUAAGCUAACCGACUGCUGGCUGUAGCUUGAUAUUUAGCAACCAGACAUGAUGGUGUCGAAUAAGCUUUGUUCCCCAAAAUGUCAAACUAUUCAUUUAAUGCUUCCACUAUUUAGGUUUGUGUCAAAUGUGCAGAGAGGUGCUCCUGCAACUGCUUAGCCUAAAACAGGUCUUUAUCAGUGGCUACUUCUGCACACAAAGUCACAUCUUCAUUACCAAAUGUGGCCAAUUUUGUUUGGUCAAAGACAAACUGAAAAAGUUACAGAGCUGUAGCAAAGAAGAACAAAUGUAUAUAGAUGUACAGUUACUGUCCAAACCCUCAUGUCUCCCUCUGGUUGGGUUGCCUAACCACUACUCCACACUACUGACCACUACACUAUACCACCCUACGGUGUGGAUGGACUACUAUGUCAAUUAAAAAAAGGAGUUGCCUCAUAACUAAAAACUCUAUUCCUUAAAAAUUGAUUCAAAUCCUUCUCAGUAGCGAAUUGAUGUAGCAAUAAAUACAAGAGGCGGGUGCUUCUGAGUGUUUAAAUGAUUCUGGUGGACUAUGAGGUGUCACGGGAGACUUCCUUUCCUUUUUUUUUUUUACCCUGUAGAUGGCCAGUGGGUGCUGACAGAGAGUGGAUCUUCCUUUUUCACUAAUGGAUCCUUCUCUUUGCUUACAAUGCCAUUUACCCCGAAUUCGCAUUUCUCUACAGCUUUGUUACUUUUUCAAGCAGUGUUCAUGUGUGUCUGGAUGGUUUUUGUUGUUGUUCUGAUUAACAAGUCAAAGCUGUUAAUGUGGAAGAAAAAACAUUAAAAGAAAAAAAAAAAGGGCCAGCUCUAAUGAUUUGUUCUCUGUAGAGGCGUUCAUUUUAGCAAACUAAUCACAUUCAGUUGAACUUUUAAUUUCUGGCCCAGAGGCCAAUAUUCUUUGCUGUCUGCUAUCUGUUACUUAUUUCCGUAGAUGACAUUUCUUCUUUAACUUGUCUGUAAUGUUUGCACAAUAGUCACUAUUGACGGAGGAGGCGCUUCUAUCGCUCUCUGACCAUUUAAUAAUCAUUAGGCUUCAGACUCUGGCAGUCUUUAGAGGUUGGCAUCCCAACACCUCAAAAAAAAUAAAAAAAAAUAAAAGAAAUAAAGGGGCCAGUUCACCAUGGCAGGUCUGACCAAAAAAAUACAAAAGACUUAAAAGAACACAAAAAAACUGUAUACAAAAGAAGCUACUUGUCGCUGAAAGUGAUAUUCGCCAGUGUAGUCUAUAUUUCUUGUAUUACAUUUUGUAUUAUAUUUUCCUAAAUGUUCUCUUGUAAUGAAAAGACAAAAAAGAGUGAGUAUAUCUAUCUAUCUAUAUAUAAAUAUAUAUAAAUAUAUAUAUGAGAGACAGACAGACAUGAGGUCAGGCUUGUUGAAGUAAGAGUGGGGGGCAGGGGAGCUGAUACACUGGCCCCUCUCCCUUGGGUGACUCUCCUGCUGUCAUUCUGUGCCUUGGUGAGCGUUCGACCUCCCUCCUCCUCCCCCCACCUCCUCGUCCUCGGUCCCUACUCAGGUCACACUCCCCUCCUCUCCUCCUAAUCUCAUCCUCCCUGGCGGGGCUGAAAGCUUUGAUUUCAACCCUUACCAUGCCAAAACACAUGAGCAAGGGGCACUUGAAGAGAAGACCUCAUUAAAACAUACAUUAUAAAAAAGCCCCUUUUGUCUCUACUGAGCAGCCGCUGUUGUUGUACACCCGGUCCAGGCACUCCCCACCCUCCUGACGCCCGCUCUGCCAGUGCUGCCUCUGUCACAGAAAAAUUUAAAAAAAAAUAAAAUCUCACACUGGUAAACUCCCAUGGCAGCUUCCAGUCGCCCUGAAUGGUCACCAACAGGGCUCAAAACUUCUGGGCUUGAAGCGUGUUUAUCUUUUCUUUUUGUCAUGUUACUAUUAAUGUAUGUUGACUAGAAGUUGACUAUGUGUUUGUUCAAUGGGAGUCACUGGGAGAGGAGCGAUAAAAGAAUAAUCCAAUUGAUGGCAGCUUAAAGGCCUCCGUGCUCCCAGUGGUCCGUCCCAAACAUAGUGUUACCCAUUGAUCAUGGGGACCUCUUGAGACACAGCAAUAUUACCAUCAUGUGCUUUCUGAGGGAGGGUGGGCGGGCAGGGUUUUUAAGAAAAUCAAAUGGUUUUGCUUUUGACUCUGUGGUGCAUUUUUUUUUUUUUUUUGGUGACCAACUCUAUAUUUUGUUUGAUGACCUCCUAUCUGCACUCUCUCCAUACACUGCAGGAGGGCAAAAAAUCAAGAGUUUACAUUAUUGUCAAAGGAUGUGUACAUGACUGUAUCAGAAAUGUCCUUUUUCAGUUUGUUGGUCAAAUGAACAAACCAUAUUAAUGGCAUAAAUUCAUUCUCUUGCACAGAACCUCCCAGCAGAAAAGUGACAGGGUGAAUAGGACAAGGGCCAGAUGUGAGAUUAUAAUUAUUCAGUGUCAUCAUUGGAAAAUGUACAUAGCACACACUGAGAAUAAGUGGCUUUGAGCAGCUGACUGGACGUGUUAACAUUUAGUUUUGAAUGCUGGAUGGUUAGUGCUUAUGGAAAUUCUUUUAAUGAUGUGCCUUGGGAAAAGUUAUUUUCUUAAAACAAAAAAAAAAGCAGAGAUUGUAGAACUAGAAGACUGUUAAAUUAGUCACAAUUGCUCUUAUUUGUAAACCGUUGGAGAGGCAACAGGAGAUGUUACAGCUUCUCUCUUCAUUGCAAAAAGGCAAACAUUUAUGUCAAGAAGUGUCACUGAACUCCUAUGAAGAUCAAAGCGUAAUUUAAGAGUCAUCAGAGCAAGCACAGACAAGGUUUGAUAUUUGCUUUCAUGUUGCCGUUGCACAGAGAUUUACUUCAGCGUGUUGGGUUUUCUAAGAGCUCAAAAGCACAGUGUGAUAUUUAGGGAAGUCAGCAGGCAGAGACAGCGAAAAAAGAAAAAAGAGAGGGUGGGUGGUGGGAUGAAAUCAGGGUGAAGCACAGACCAAGGGCAGUCUGCACAGAGAGCAGCGUGAAGGCAGAGAAGUCUGCGCACACAGAUCCUAUAGCCGGAGCCUGCUGAGUAAGGGUGCUUCUAUAAAAUCUACACAACUUCAGUGAAAUAUUAUUCCUGCCAAAUAAAUAGUCACUUUUUAACCAUCUAUGCUGAAUGAUUAGUACUGUAAGAGCUCCUUUAUGUGAUUCCAGACAAAUAGCUUUAACUACUUGUAGGCUUUAGGUCAGCAUCCCGCUUUCCAGAACCCCAGCCUUUAUGUCUUUGCUCCUUAUUUUGCAUCUUUAUGUACCGGGUGACGCUCCAGAGUCAAAUGGGUAUCGCACAAAAGAAUUGUGGUUCAUGUUUUUUUUUUUAACAACAAGAACCUGGAGGCUGUAGAGGAGGGUGAACUGGCUGAUUUAUAGUUGAGAGGAGGAUGGUGGCGAGUGGCUGUGCUUAGCACUGUACUGUGCAGUGUAGGGAGAGUUCUGUGCCAGAGACCUGUGAAUAUGUUCGUUUUUAGCGAAUGUGUAAUAUGCAUUCAGAAGAUGUUAUAUAAGUUCCUUUUUUGUUUUGUUUUGUAUGUGUGAGUGUGUGUACACAGACGUAUCUGGUGCUGGCUACAUUUUAGCAAACACUUGAAGGUAUUGUGUAUUCUCUCAUUGUAAUAUAAUUAAAAAAUGUUUUAUACA